AUGUUGGCUGGUGUUGGUCUGUGUUGGUCGGUGUUGGCACAUGUUGGCUGGUGUUGGUCUGUGUUGGCCGGUGUUGGCUGGUGUUGGUCUGUGUUGGCCGGUGUUGGCACAUGUUGGCUGGUGUUGGUCUGUGUUGGCACAUGUUGGCUGGUGUUGGUCUGUGUUGGCCGGUGUUGGCACAUGUUGGCUGGUGUUGGUCUGUGUUGGCACAUGUUGGCUGGUGUUGGUCUGUGUUGGCCGGUGUUGGCACAUGUUGGCUGGUGUUGGUCUGUGUUGGCCGGUGUUGGCACAUGUUGGCUGAUGUUGGCCGGUGUUGGCACAUGUUGGCUGGUGUUGGCCGGUGUUGGCACAUGUUGGCUGGUGUUGGCCGGUGUUGGCACAUGUUGGCUAGUGUUGGCCGGUGUUGGCCUGUGUUGGCACGGCUGUGAGGUUGUGUCGUUGUUGUUUGGAUCAGUACCGGCUGGACGUGACUGUGACUAA